GCAUGUAGAAGUCGGGAUGUACUAUCUGGAAAUGAAGAGAGUACACUUCAAGUUGAAGCAAAAGUACUCAACCACAGGGCCAUUUUUCAUUCAAAUUAUAAAGAGGGAGCAUGACAUGAUCUUAGAUGGAAAGACCACACUCAAAGAAGCAGCAGACAAAGAAAUUCUGUCCCAAUACAUUCUAGGAACUGCAACAAACUUCUCCCUGCACUGGGCAGAUUGUGACUUCGUUUAUAUGCCAUUGAACACAGGAAGUCAUUGGGUGUUGUUGGUCUUUGUGGUCAAGGAAAGAAAGAUUAAAGUGUACAACUCAAACAAGAGAAGAAGCGACUCACUACGUGAUAUUCUGCAAUACAAAAAUUGUAUUACAAAAAUGCUACCCAAAAUUCUCGAUUUCCACAAUGUCUAUGAAGCAAUUGAUGAAGAGCCAAUGGGAAAGAGAGAGAUUCUUAUUGAGGGUGUUGCAGACUGCCCACAACAAGACACAUCGGGAAAUUGUGGAAUGUAUUUACUCAAAAUUGCAGAAUUCUUGAUGAUGGAUAUGGACUUAUGCGAGCUGACAGCUGAUGGCAUGGGGAUGUUCAGAAAGAAGAUGGUGUUAGAGUUGAUUGAGUACAGCAACAAAAGGUUGAGCGAGGGA